UGUCACUUCCUGGUCCAGCACAGGUGAUUAGAAAACGUUUGGAAACUGAAACUGCACGAAGACGUGACGACUGUGAUGAGAUGGCCUGAAGCGUUACAAGACGUCGAGUUUAGAGAGAAAACCAGAGAGUGAGAAGUCAUGGCCUGUGCACGAGUGCCACUGGAUGAGCAGCAGGUGACCGAGCCCGGCCCUCUGGGAAAAGAACACACACUGCCUGCACUGCACCCGGCCAGAAAGGAGGAGCGCUGUUUUGUGCCUUACAAGUCCCCGCCUGAGGACGGCUCUCCUGCCGAGGUGGAGGAGUUUCUGGAACAUGCCAAAUUUAUCACAGAGGACUUGGAGUGGCUGCUUGGACUGCCUCAUGACAAGUUUUGGUGUCAGGUUGUGUUUGAUGAUUCUCUGCAGAAAUGCUUAGACUCAUACCUGCAUCAGGCUCCCCGUGGCCUUGACCUCACCAGCCUGCCCUCCUCCCCGGCGUUGGCCGACAUGCAGCGCUCCAUCCACAGGGCCGUCUUCUUGACCUUUCUCAGGAUGGCAACACAUAAAGAGUCAAAGGAGAACUUUAUCACCCCUACUGUGUUUGGAGAAAUUAUUUAUGAGAACUUCCUGUUUGACAUUCCCAAAAUUCUGGAUCUGUGUGUGCUCUUUGGAAAAGGCAACAGCCAGCUGCUGCAUAAGAUGAUAGAGAACAUCUUUACCCAGCAGCCCUCCUACUUCAGCGACCUCGAUGAGACAGUGCCCACUGUGUUACAGGUGUUCGAUACCAUCCUUAGUAAAUGUGGUCUCCAGUGUGAAGGAGCUGCAGCCAUGGAGCCCAUGAAACUGAACGCACACAAACAGCCCACUGCUAUGACCAUGAGCCAGCAGGAACUUUUAGAAACGGUUCUGUACCUGUGUGACUCCACCACCACCAUCCAUGCCUUCCUAGACAUCUACCCUGCCGCCUGCACCAGCUUUCACGCCCACAGCUUCUCAGCAGUUUUCUCUACUUGCAGACUGACCUCAUUUUAUGAGACCGCCGUGCCUGACCUGGAGAAGGCAGUGAGGAAGAGAAACUUUGAUGAUAAAAGUCUACAGGAGGACCUGUGGAAGAGGUUGUCCCACUCCUGCCGAAAGAUGGUGGAGACGGCUCACCUGCUGCUCAAUUACACCUGCCUGCAGCCCAUCCUUGAGGGAGGAGAAAACACGCUAUCAUUUGCAGAGGAGCUCCUGCAGCAUUUCACAUCUUUUUUACCUGAGAAAAGGUUCUUGUCGGACUACGACGAGCAGUUUCCCAUCGCAGACGACGUCAGCCUCCUGCAGCAGGCCCUCCCUGUCAUUGAUGAGACCAGGACGUCCUACCUGCUCCAAGGGGUGGAGAGCGCCUGGGACAGCGUGGGCCGACAGAGACCACAGAGCCACAUUCAUCAAAAAUCUGUAGCAGCCCAUCAGGGAGCAGCUGGUGCUGCUGCUGCUGCUUCAUCUUCAGCUGGCUUUCAGAAGGUCCCAGAGCCACAAGGAGGACGGGAGAGUCCGCUGGGAGCCGAGGCCAUGUUGGAAGUUCCCCGAAAAGGAAACAAUGGUGCGGGUUGUCCUGUGAGCGAGGCCGAGCUGGAGUCUUUACUGUCGUGUAUCCGGGACCUGCUGCCUGAUCUGGGGGAAGGCUUCCUGCUGGCCUGUUUACACGAGUACAACUACAACUCAGAGCUGGUCAUCAACAACAUCCUGGAGGACCGCUUGGCCCCCAACCUGGACAAACUGGACCGAGCCAUGCCAAGGCCGGUGAAAGAGGAGCUUCCGGACGUUUUGAGCGUCAGAUCCAACGUGUUUGAUGACGACGAGUUUGACAUCUUCCGCAGGGACCAGAUAGACAUGUCCCGCAUCUGGAAGGGCAGGAGGAAAGGAGAGAGUGCUCGAGAUAUGCUGAAUGACAAGCAGCACGUAACAGAGCAGAAAGCACGGUACCAAGCCUAUGAAACGGUGGUUGAUGAGAUCGUCAUCGUGCCUGGUGAGAAUGCAGAAGCCUACGAUCUGGACGACUAUGAUGACGAGUACGACGACACCUACGACAUGAACCAAGUGGGAGCCAACGACCUGGAUGGAGACAGUUUACUGAACAGGAGACCUUUCACAGUCCCACAAGUACUCCGAAGAGGAAACAAACAAGAGGAGGAGGAGGAGGAAGAGGAGGAAGAGCCUAUACCGAACAAUGUAAACAGGGACCAGUUUGUGCAGGACCCAGCCCUGCUGAGAGAGAGGGCUGAAGCUAGAAGAGCUGCCAUGCAGCAAAGGAAAGGGUAUCGACCUGAGCGUCCCGGUAAUGUGGUUGGCCAGCCAAAAGGCCAAGGACAAACCCUGGAGACAUUCCUGGACCGGCGUAAGAAGGAGGCCAACAAGAGCCGAGGGUCGAAUCACAACCGGCGCAGCAUGGCGGACCGCAAGAGGAACAAAGGCAUGAUCCCGUCCUGACCUGUGUGACAGACGGCUGCUCAAUCCAAACAGACUGAUGGUCGGAAGGAGGGGGCGGCAGGAAGGUGCGAGUUCGUGAAGGGAAAGAUAAACCGGGGCUUAGUUGUUUAUCUUGGUUAAAGGUUGUGAAUUUGGUGGCAGUGUUUUGUCCCAAUAGCCACACUUAAGCCACGAGGCCACUGUCUUUCCUCAAGGAAAAAGCAACAGAAGGUUUUCAGUUGGUAACUAGAAGUUGCAGCUGUUUGUUGACUUACUUUGGUUCUAUGUGAUCAAAAGUUGCCAGCAGCUUGCCCAGAAGUUUGAACAUAUUUUAUAGUUUGAGCCUAAAUGAUGUUUAGCUCUUUAGCUCAAAUGAUUUUCUUUUAUUGCAGAUUCAAAUAAUCAAGUCCUGAGUGGGACUGAGGACAAAAAAUAAGAUCUUUAUAGUUGCCAAGUAACAAAUCAGUUUAUUAACAACAUCCAAAGGGAUCCACUGAAGUUUCUUUGACAUCAUCAUCAUCAUCAUAUAUACACAUAGGAAUAAAUGGAAGAGAAAUCCAGCGGUUGUAACAGAGACUGCGGUCGCUUCUCUAGCUGGAAGAACAAUUACUGACCUGGAGAUCAACUCUGUGUAACGCUCUCUCGACUCACCCUGUCAUUGUAGCUUGUGUGAAGGCUGCCUUGCAUGUGACGUUCAAGUGCACGCAAGUGAUGUCAUCCACCAUCCACCAGCCUUGUUACAAAAAAAAAAAAGAAGUCUAAAAGGGUAAAUAUGACCAUCUCAUAUUGAUGAUGCUGUUGUGUUUGUGUUUGGAAGCACGUGCUGUAGAGGAGGGGUCGAGCUGUGGGAAGCCUUCCUCCUACAUGUAAACACACACACACACACACACGCACACUAUUUUCUAUGAAGAGAACACAUCUAUCAGAGCAUUUUGUAACAAAAGAAGCACUUGGAGUUGCCUUUUGGAGUUGACAAUGCAAAAAAACAAAUUAAAAACAAUUUGUUUUGA